AUGAAUGUCAUAGUAUGGAACUGCCGGGGAGCUGACAACAAAAUCUUCAGAAGGAACUUCAGAGAAAUCAUCAGAACUCAUAGACCAGAUGUGGUGGCCCUUUUUGAAACCAAAGUUUUGUUCAAUUCUAUAGGACUCUUUUUCAACGACCUAGGGUAUACUGCUUCUACAAUUGUGGACCCUGUGGGUUGUGUUGGAGGCAUUUGGUUUCUCUGGAAUCCUAUUCAAGUCUUAGUUAGUGCCCAUAUUGCUAACCACCAAGUGAUUCAAGCCAUGGUCCAAAGGAAAAAUUAUGAGGACUGGGUGUUGGGUGUAGUUUAUGCAAGCCCCAACAUCAGACUCCGCCAAAAUCUUUGGCACGAGUUGGAAGACACAGCCAGCUCUAUGACCAAGCCCUGGCUCCUUACUGGGGAUUUUAAUGAAAUUAGUAGCAACCAUGAAAGGAGGAGCUUCACCCCGUCUAAUCAACAGACUCGAAGUCGCAGAUUCUUAGACCAAAUCAACCUGUGUGGUCUCAUGGAUCUUGGUUGCACAAGACCUAAACUCACCUGGAUAAACAAUAGGAAAGGACUUUCUAAUACUAUAGAACGUUUGGAUCGUGCACUGUGCAAUGCUGAAUGGUGCACCCUCUUUCCAGAUGGUACAGUGCAGAAUCUCCGUCGGACCUACUCUGAUCAUUCUCCUCUCAUUGCCUACACUGAAGGUAUCUCUAAACUUUCUCCUUGUAAUCGUCCUUUUCGUUUCGAGGCAGCUUGGCUUUCACACCCUCAGUACAGAGAUGUGAUCUAUUCCUCUUGGGAUCAUAAUCAAUCUCUAAGUACUAAUUUAUUGCAAGUUGCUAAUGAUUCCCUUAUUUGGAAUAAGGAAAUCUUUGGUAAUAUCUUUAAAAGCAAAAGGUGUCUUCUAUCUCGCAUUGAAGGAAUUCAAAAAGCUCUUGCUAACCACUUUUCCCAUAACCUGUUUUUACUGGAAAAAGACCUUAUUCGUCAAUUUAAUAAAACCCUUUUGCAAGAGGAGAUCCUUUGGUUUCAAAAAUCUAGAGUUAAUUGGAUUACUCAAGGCGAAAGAAACACCAAAUAUUUUCAUGUGUUUACUAUCACCAAAUGUAAGAGAAUUAAAAUUGAUUCCCUACUGUAUGAUACUGGUAACUGGAUAAUGGAAGCCCAAGCUAUCAAAACUCACAUCCAAGAUUACUUUAUAGCUUUGUUCCAGGCUGUUCCUACUGUUAAACUUAGCCAUUGGAAUAAUAUUGCUACUCACACCUUUUCACCUAAAGAAAAUCACAGGCUCACUAGGGAUUUAACUAAUUAUGAGAUUUGGAAAGCCACUAAGCAUAUUAAUGCCUUCAAAGCUCCUAGCAGGGAUGGUUUCCAGGCCAUCUUUUACCAUAAAUUUUGGGACAUAAUUGAUCAGGAUUGGUAUGGAGAGACUACAAUUGCAUCUCAAUGCCCAGGCGACCAUACCUCUAACUAUUUGAAAGUGGUUGAGGUUAUUAAGGAAGAUGGGUCUUGGAACCUUGAUUCACUUACUGAGUUCAUCCCUCAGUCCAUUCUACUUGACAUAUCCCAAAUCCAUCUACCCCAAUUUGUUGAGGCACUUGAUAACCCCACUGGACAGGAGCUCCUUCUGGGUAUACUACUUCUACAAUUAUGGACCCUGUGGGUCGUAUUGGAGGCAUUUGACUUCUCUGGAAUCCUACUCAAGUCUCAGUUAGUGCCCAUAUUGCUAACCACCAAGUGA